CACAUCUAUACAUACAUAUAUGUAGAGAGAGUACGUACCUGGUACCUCCCAUUGCAUUACACUAAAAUGCCCAUCAUACUCCAAUAUAUCCCAAUAUCUACUACUCUUUUCUUCUUCUUCCUCUUCUCCUUUCACCAGAUUCAUGGAUACGGUGGUGGUGGGCGAGUACUCUCACAUGGAUCAGGCUGGCAAACUGCCCAUGCUACAUUUUAUGGAGGCUCCGAUGCUGCUGGCACAAUGGGAGGUGCGUGUGGAUACGGAAAUUUGUACAGCCAGGGCUAUGGUACAACCACUGCUGCCCUAAGUACUGCACUGUUCAACAAUGGGUUGAGCUGUGGGGCCUGCUAUGAAAUGAGGUGCAAUGAUGACCCUAAGUGGUGUCUUUCCGCCACCAUAACUGUCACCGCCACCAACUUCUGCCCUCCAAACUACGCCCUCGCCAGUGACAAUGGCGGCUGGUGUAAUCCCCCUCGGCAGCACUUUGAUUUGGCGGAGCCUGCCUUUCUUAAAAUCGCGCAGUAUCGUGCUGGCAUCGUUCCUGUCGUCUAUAGAAGAGUUCCAUGCGUGAAGAAAGGAGGAAUGAGGUUCACGAUCAACGGCCAUUCCUACUUCAACUUGGUGUUGAUAACAAAUGUUGGAGGGGCAGGUGACGUGCAUGAUGCGUGGAUUAAGGGCUCCCGCACCGGAUGGCGGCCCAUGGCCAGGAACUGGGGUCAAAAUUGGCAAAGCAAUUCUUAUCUCGACGGUCAAGCUCUCUCAUUCCGGGUCACGGCCAGCGAUGGCCGCACCCUAACCGCCAACGACGUCGUCCCCCGGGGAUGGCACUUCGGACAAACCUUUGAGGGCCCACAAUUCUAAUUGCAAAAUAACCAAGCAAGCAAGCGCAUAUGUAUGUAGUAUUGUCUUCGACCUAUUGCAAUGAAUAUACAUAUAUAUA